GGGGGGGGGGGGGUUGCAGACGCAGACAUGUAGUUAAGAUAGCUUAGCUGCCUUGAAACAUAUUUUGAUCUAGGUCAACUUAAGGCAAACCGGUGAAAGGUGCCUUUUCCGUCACGGUGCUCCCCAGCCGGUGUCUCUGCUGCCAUGGAGGUGGGCAGCCUCCCUGUGGAGCUGUGGAGGGUUAUCUUGGCCUACCUUCCUCUCCCUGACCUGGGCCGCUGCUGUCAGGUGUGCAGGGCCUGGCGGGAGCUCAUCCUCUCCCUGGAUAACACCCGCUGGAGACAACUCUGCCUGGGCUGCCCUGAGUGCAGACAUCCCAACUGGCCCAGUCAGCCCCAUCUGGAGCCCCCAUCCUGGAGGGAGGCACUGAAGCAGCACGCCAUGGCCACCCGCACCUGGACUCAAAAUGGGCCAGAGCUCCAGUCCUCUGCAUGCCUCCUCUUUUUUCGUCGCCGGAAAGACCGCAGGGUUUGGCAUGUGGGACCUGGGUGUGAGUUUGAAACCCUGCGCGGAGCUCUUGGGGUGGUAGGGCCGUACGACCGUGUGGUUCUCCAUCCAGGGGUGUAUGAGGAGCAGGCUGAAGUGGCACUAAAGGUGCCUGUGGAGCUGGUUGGGCUGGGCAGACUAGGCGAGGUAGCCCUUCUGGUGUGUAUGGACCAGCAGUGUCCAACUGCCAGGCUGUGUAAUCUGGUGUUCAUGCCACCCUGGUUUUCCACUGUGGUCUACAAGACGUCAUGGGGUCAUGUCCAACUAGACAAUUGCAACUUUGAAGGGGCUCAGCUGCAAAUCCGUGGCCCUGGAACUUGUCAAGCACGCUUCUGCUCCUUCUCACAGGGCAGCUCUGCUCACUUGCUGGGUGUUGUCCUCAGUUUAUUGGACAGCUGUGACUUCUCAGGAAGUGACACAGCCUCUGUGUCAGUGGAAGGUCCUCCAGUUUCAGAAAGAAACUGGGCUUGUAAACAUUUGGCUGGCCUGGCCAGGACAUUCCCAUCAUGUUGUUUAUUAGGAAAUAAUAAUAGCCCUCACAGAGGCCUCCAGGCCCACUCAACUGGUGGGCCACCUGGUGUUAAUGUUAAAAAGGAGCACAUGAGUAUAGAAGACUGGCAGAGAAGGAAUGGCGUGGAAGCAGGUUGUCAGGGUACAGUGAUUGAAGAUGGCUGGAGUGAUGGUGAACGCAGCGAGGGAGAGGAGAAGAACCCGGUGGGAGAGCGAACCAACACCAAAAAUCCAGUUACUCUGGAUUACAAAAUUCCGUGUCAUCAUCAUGGCCUAUCCAACAUGCUCAAACCACAGCCAGAUGGUUCUCUGCCAUCGGCCUCCUCACCUGAUCCUCCAUCAGUGACCCCUGAACCCCUCACCCUUCAGCAGGAAUUAGACAGGGACCCAGAGGCUCAGAUGUUGGCAGCAUCCACUCUUGGCUGUAUCGUCAGGCGCUGCCUCUUCAGGGAGGGGAAGGGUGGUGUGCACUUGUCCAAUUAUGGACAAGCAAGACUCGACAGCAAUGUUUUCCGUGGGCUGAACUAUGCUGUCCGCUGCAUCCAAAACUCUACAAUAGUGAUGCUGAGAAAUGAGGUGUGUGAGUGCCGUGCUUCAGGCGUGUUCCUGCGUCUUUCAGCUCAGGGCCUCAUUGCAGAAAACAACAUCCACUCGAACGGGGAAGCAGGGCUGGACAUCCGAAAAGGGGCAAACCCCAUCAUUGUGUGUAACAAAAUACACAGCGGUUUGCGUUCUGGGGUUGUUGUCCUUGGAAAUGGAAAAGGUUCAAUACGGAGUAAUGUAAUCUAUAACAACAAAGAAGCAGGCGUGUAUAUUCUCUUCAGUGGUAAUCCUGUGGUCAGUGGGAAUCACAUCUUCCAAGGCCAGGCUGCUGGGAUUGCUAUAAAUGAGAAUGGCAGAGGGAUGAUAACAGAGAACGUGAUCAGAGAGAACCAGUGGGGGGGUGUGGACAUCCGCAGAGGAGGUGACCCCAUCCUGAGGAACAACUACAUCUGUCACGGCUACUCAGACGGCGUGGUGGUGGGGGAGAGAGGCCGCGGACUUAUCGAGGGAAACCAUGUCUACUGUAAUAAAGGCUGUGGUGUGUGGGUUAUGUCAUCCAGUCUGCCGCAGCUCUUAGGAAACUACAUCACCCAUAACUGUAUGUAUGGGCUAGCAGUUUUCUGCAGGAAGGACCCGGAGAACAUUGAAGCCAGGGAUGGGAACUGGCCAGGGCAGGAAGGGAUUGGUGGAGAAGGAAGUGGAGAAAGGAGGGGGGUAGAGGGAGAAGACAGAGAAGGGCAGGAGAACUUGAAUGAGGAGGGAGAAUUGUUUGCAUGGGAGAGCGAUCUGGACAGUGAGGAUGAGCGCCACUCUGCCCGUCGCUCCAUCAGCGUGGCCCUAGUGGAGAGCAACUGCAUGAGCUUCAAUGGAGCAGUUGGCCUGUAUGUGAAGAGCAGUGAGCCACUCAAUGUUUUCGCAAAUCUUGUGAACAGUAACCGGGGAAUUGGCAUUGGCGUGCUGCAGAGCAGUCAAUUGACCCGUCUGGUUACAAACUGUGUUCUUGAAAAUGGUCGAGGUGGUGUUACAGUGGAGAAAGACUGCAGGGUGGAGCUUCGUGGUAAUGGCAUUUAUGAGAACUGUGGCCAUGGUGUCAGUUUCAAUGGUAACGGGCAGAUUGUGGAGAAUGAUGUGGUUGGAAACCGUGGAUAUGGGAUCCAGGUCUCUGGCAGUGCUGAUAUCAAGGUACUGCGCAACCGUGUCCAACCAGCACAGGGUUGUGGCAUCGCCGUGCUGGGGCCAGUAAAAGGUGCUGUCCAUGACAAUCUGUUAUUCCAAGGCCACCCUGGAAACAAAAAAACACUGCUACUUAUGGAUCCUGGCAAUGAGAGCUGCGUGUUGCGCAACAACAAUAUUCUAAGGCAUAAUAACAGCUGUACAUCUGCUCCUCCCUGGGUUUUGGAAAAUCCUCCCCCUCGUCCACUGGCCAGCUCCCCUUCUGGACUCUCCUCAUCCCAAUAUCCUUCCCGACUUGGAAUUUCCAUGACAACAAGGAUCAGUGCCACUGUGGAGAGUGGUUGCCACAGUGGCAGCAUGUUCUGCUCGAUUCUAUGAAAAAU